AUGUGGGUCGGCGGAGAAGACGGUGGCCGCAUGUAUACUCGUGGACCGGCUCGCAUGGUUAAGGUUACGGGUGCUGAUGGAGAGGAAGGUACUUUGGCAUUACAGCUCUCACACGAGCUCUCUCAGAAACUCCAAAAGCAAAUCGAGUUUGGCCGCAAGUUUCGACAUACACGGGAGGCGGUCGGGCGGCGAUUAGACCACUUACUUGCGGAAGACGCUCGCUUGACUGCAGAACAUUCGCACGCCAAGAGAGAAGCUGAUAGUUAUUUCGAUGGCUUAGGAGAAAAGGUGCUGACACCAGAGGAAGAAUCCAAAGCCACUGGUUUUGUGAAGCAAUGCAACGACAUAGCACGCAAGCACGCAGCCGCGAAAAAGGAACGGGAGCAAUUACCACGAUAUCUUCAGGAGAUACAGAACACCUGGGUGAAACUCGUGGAAGAGGUGAAUGCCAUCCAAGAAGAUGUUUUCGUGAAAACCAAGCUCGUUCCUGCUACCACGGAGCUGGAGCGUCUUCCUUGGGAGCAGAGUCGGAAUGGCGGGACGGAUGUUGUCGCCCCAGGUUCCACUUCGCGGGUACAGAAACCAGGGCUGGCCAACAUGAAGCAAUCUGUUGAGGCUACGCGCCCAGGUCUUGCCAUGCGCAAUAGAUUCACCAAAGCCGCGUUGGAAGUAGCCCGCGAGAAGCACGACAAGUACCGGCUUGAAUACGAGAAAGAGCUUCAAGAGUAUAUCGCCAAGCAGGUCAAUCGUCCAAAUGUUGACUUUCGCAUCGAGUUCAGUCAGAAGUGGCUUGAGGGCUGGCACAACGUCAUCGUAACACUUGAGGAGGCCGAGAACGCUGCACAGGAUGCGUUUGACAGAGCAAGAGCUGCAAAUGUUACCGUGGCAGACAGUAGGGACGAUGGAGUGCCAACCAUUGCAUACGACAUAGAGUGGUGGGACAAGACGUCGCUGAAGCAGCUCGAUCGCACUCGUAUCAAAAGGUGGCAGAACGAAGUUGUUGUUGGUGUCUUGGGACCAACACACCCUGCUGGAAGCGAUGAAGUAGAGCUCGAACAGUUGAGCAAGGCUGAACAUCUUAAUAAGCAGACGGAAGAGCCUGCGAUCGAUAAUUCGGGUGGCGCUCCUGUGAACCCCUCAGAAAGGCAGCCAGUCGCUGGGUCUGAAGGUGUGUCGGCAUUACCACCUCUCGCCUUCUCAAAGAUCACAGCCACACCUUUCCAAAAAUUAGAACAACUGCUCGCUGAAGUAGCAGGGGCUCUGGAUCGCGCCAGUGAGCUGACCAGUCUGCAAGCACAAAAGCCCGGCCUAGCAAGCGCGGCUACUGGGGCAGAAGCUGAUGAAGUCAACAAGCGAACUUCAGCGGUACUUGCAAGCUCUAUUCCCCGUGAAGCUUUUGCGGACGUUGGCGCUCAGAGUCGUAUGGCAGAGGCGAUAGACAAACCGCGACAGGUGGUUUCGCAAGGUAACCCUGGUACGCAAAACACUGCCCAGAAUCCCGAAGAGCCGCAGACGAGCAAGGGAAGGACAGAACAGGCUAUCACUUUGCAUCCAAAGAAGAGGCAAGAUGGCGAGAAGAUGGAAUCGCAGUGUGAAACAGACCUGAAGGAAUACAUGGAGAAGUAUAAAAUCUCGCCGCCUCCGGUCUCCCGCAAGAGGGAUAGAGACAAUUCGCUCGACCAGCGCGACGCCAUCAUAACCGCUAGCGAGCGUGCUUACGGAAGCAGACGAAGACGCAUCGACAAGUGGGGUAAAUACAUCCGCGGUGGUGAUUGUUGA